AUGUGUUGUUGCUUUAGUCCUCAUCUCAAAGCUCUGCUGCGCAAAAAUUGGAUUUUAUGGAAAAGAAACUACAAAUCUUCUUGCUGUGAAAUUAGUCUUCCAAUUUUAUUUAUAUUGCUGUUAAUGGCAUUAAGGUCCUAGAUUUCCAAAAAUAAUCUACCUGAAUAAUCUUUCUUAGAUAAUCCAUACCCGGUUUUUCCUACUUCAUCUCCAUCAUCAAAUGCAUUUAAUUAUUGCAACGAUUUAUCAAAUGGAGGAGGUAAAGUUGUUCUAAUACCAAAUAUUGACAUUACACAAAAAAUAGCAGCUCAGCUUUAAUAGUUUCCCAAUAUUGCAAAUUCUAUCACAUAUAUGCAGUCUAAUGAAUAGCUUGAUGAUUAAGUAACUUCUAGCAAGUAUGGUUUUUCAUACGAUAGAGUUUGUUUUGCUAUUGUGUUUAACUAAUAUGCAAAUAACAAUUACGAAUACUAUCUUAGAUUUAAUUCUUCAGAUAGCAGAGUUCCUGAAACGUUUUUAGGAAACUAUGAAAAUACUUUUAAAAAGUAAUAACUCAAUCUGAAUGAUAUGUAUAAUGAUAACGGAUUUACAGCAAUUGUAAAUAUAAUCUCCAAUGUUAUUUUACAAAAAGAGCAGAGCAAUCAAAAUCUUGUUAUUACACCUUACACAGUCCCUAUGAAAUAGGAAAAAUAAAUUUCAGAUAGUUUUUAUGAUACUGUUGGUAGUAAUGUUAACAUAUACUUAGUAUUACCUCUGAUUAUCACAUUUUUGCGAAUGACUAAUAGCAUUUUGAUAGAAAAAGAAAAAAAAAUUAGAGAAGGUAUGAAAAUGAUGGGAAUGGGUAAUGCUUCUUUCUACAUGUCUUGGAUUAUUACAUAUGCUAUUAUUUACUUAAUAAUUUCUGUUAUAGUCUCAGCUCUUCUCUUGGUCAAUAUUUAUGAUGGAGGAAGCUUCAUUUUCUUGCUGGUUUGGCAUUACUUAUUUUGCUUAACCUUACUAUUUUAAAGUUUGUUUGUUACUGUUUUCUUCACAAGAGCACGCAUAGGAUUACUAGCCUCUAUGAUAUUUUUCCUAUUACAACUUAUAUUAUUCUGGUCAUUUAACUUUAAUAAUAUAUCCUAAACAAAAAUUUAAAGUAUCGCUUUAAGUCCUCACACUGCUGCUUCUAUCUCAGCUUCACAUUUUGCCUUUUUCUAAUCUAAUAAAAAUACUAUUGACUUUGGCAUAUUAGAUAAAACAUUUAGCAACUACUAUGAAGGAUUUACUUUCAUCUCGUUCAUACUUAAUAUAGUUGUAUUCGGUAUUUUAUUCCUCUACUUAGAUUAAGUGUUCCCUAAUGAGUUUGGUAGUAAAAAACAUCCAUUGUUUUUCUUAGGAAUCGGUAAUCAUGAUUCCAAGGAUGAUAAAAAUGAACUUCUGGUAUAAUCAGAAAACAGCAAAACUGUGUUUGAGCCAGUAGAUGCAGCAUUAAGAACCUAAGCUGAAAAUAAUUAGGCUUUAGUUAUUAAAGGAUUAGUGAAAAUUUUUAAUACAAAUGGAGGACAAAAGAGAGCCGUUGAUAAUUUAUCAUUAGAAAUGUAUAAUAGUUAAGUUUUCUCAUUUUUAGGACAUAAUGGAGCUGGAAAAACUACUACUAUCUCAAUGAUAACAGGACUUCUUAACCCUACAGAAGGUGAAAUAAAAGUCAAAGGUUUGGAUGUUCGUUCGCAAAUGGGAGACAUAAGAAAAAUUAUGGGUGUUUGUCCUCAACAUGAUAUUUUAUUUGAUGAUUUGACAGUAAAAGAACAUUUGGAAUUAUAUAGUAAUCUUAAAGGCGUUCCUUAAAAUGAAUAAUAGAAGGCUAUUUCUAAAAUCAUUCAAGAUGUUGAUUUAACUGAAAAAACAAACUAUCUUAGCAAAAGUCUUUCUGGUGGAUAAAAGAGAAAACUAUCAGUCGCUAUUGCAUUUAUUGGUGGUAGCUAAGUAAUUUUAUUAGAUGAGCCUACAAGUGGAAUGGAUGUUGAAGCUCGUAGACAUAUUUGGGAUAUGCUUAAAAACUAUAAAUAAGACAAAAUUGUGAUAUUGACUACCCACUUUAUGGACGAAGCCGAUUAUUUAGGUGAUAGAAUAGGUAUUAUAUCUGAUGGAAAUUUAAAGUGUGUUGGCUCUAGCAUUUUCUUAAAAACAAAAUAUGGUAAAGGUUAUAAUUUUACAUUUGUGAAGACUGAAAAUACAUCCCCAUCUGAACCUCUCAUCAAAUUUAUGAAAGACAACAUGCCAGAAAGUGAUUUGAUUAGCGAUGUUUCUGCUGAAAUCGCUUUCUAAGUUCCCUUAAAAAAUAUAUCGUUAUUCCGUAACUUCUUUACACUUUUAGAAUAAUAAAAGUAGUAGCUACAUGUUAGAUCUUAUGGUAUAUCAAUUACUACAUUAGAAUAGGUUUUCUUGAGUGUUGCAAGUGAAAAUAACAAUCACAAUAAGCAUGUUGAAAAAAAAUAAUCUCUGAAAGUUGAUGACUUUAACUUAAAUUAAGUAAGAGUUAAGGGAGAAUUUAAUAUAUUUUGGACUCAUUUUAAGGCUUUGUGCUUAAAAAGAAUAAGAUAUUUCAAGAGAGACUUAGGAGGUUUUUUCUGCGAAAUCUUUUUACCUAUUAUAAUUAUAGUAAUUGGCAUGAGUCUUAAUAAGCUUUCAACUUUAGUAGAUCAACCAAAAUAGGUAUUGACUCCUGAACUUUACUCUAAAACUUAUAUGACAUAUUCAGGUAGCCCUAACAAUUAUCAAAACUUUGUGGAUAGCAUUCCUACUUAUGGAUCAAAUUCAUUUAAUAAAGUUCAAGAUCCUGCAGUUACUUUAGCUCAGCUAGAUAGCAACUUCUUUGCAAAGAAAAGUUUAGAAAAUAAAUUUGCUGUUUUCUACUAAUAUGAUAGCUCAAAACCUGAAACAUAUGUUUAUACAUCAAUACUAAACACAUAAAAUGGUGAUAUAGGUCCAUUAAGUAUUAAUGUAAUCAAUAACGGAAUCAUUAAUUCUAUAACAAAAAAACAGAUCAUUAUAACUCCAUACAAUUCCCCUUUGAAAAACAGCUAUUACACAACUCAAAUGAGUACAGCAUCUAGUGGUAUUUCCGCAGCAUUAAUGUUCUCUAUCGGUUUAAGUUUCAUACCAGCUAGUAUCAUUACUUUUAUUGUUAGAGAAAGAGAAGAGCAGAUUAAACAUUAAUAAAUUGUUUCUGGUGUCUCAGUUUUUGCCUAUUGGGUUUCUAACUUUUUUGUUGAUUUUGUUAAAUAUUUGGUCCCUGGAAUUAUUUGCCCUUUGUUUGCUUUAGCCUUUUCAGUCAAUUCUUUAACUGAAGAUGGAGUUUUUUCAUGUUUUUACAUUUUAUUUAUUCUCUACGGUCCUGCUAUAAUUCUAUUUACUUACGCAUUUAGUUUCACUUCAAAGAACUAUGGAAAUGCUUAAUUAGGAUCUUUCUUCUUACAUUUUGUCUUUGGUUGCAUUAUUUCUAUUACAUUAUUCUUUUUAAGAAUCAUUCCCCCUACUGCUUAAGCUUCAAAGAUCAUAUGCUGGUUUGUUCGUUUAAUACCUUCUCUUAGUUUUGGUUUAGGUAUUAUUAAUAUGACUUCAAGAUCGAUUUACUAAGUCUUAGAUAACUCUCCUACAAAAGAAUCUGCCUGGGCUAUUAGUAUAGCUGGAGGUGACAUUCUUAUGAUUGGACUCUCAGUAAUAUUCUAUAGUAUUGUAAUUUGGCUUAUCGAGAAAUUCCACAGUCUACAAAUGUUUAAUAAAGAAACAGAUAUUCCUUAUUAACCUAAAAAGAUAGACAGCGAUGUUUAAUAAGAAAUUGAAAAUGUUAAAACUUCUGAUCCCAAUGAUUACGUAAUUCAUGUUAAUGGAUUAAGAAAAGUCUUUAUUGAAAACAAAAGCAAUUACAAAGUAGCAGUUGAUAAUAUAAACUUCUGUAUUAAAAAUGGCGAAGUAUUUAGUUUGCUUGGUGUUAAUGGUGCAGGUAAGACAACAACCAUGAGAAUGCUAACAGGAGACGAAUAAAUUGUUACUGGCAAGGCUCAUAUACAAGGAUUUAAAAUUCCUGAUUAAAUAAAAGAUGCUUAGCAAUAUAUUGGAUAUUGCCCUUAAUUUGAUGCCCUUUUAGACAAUUUAACAUCACGCGAACAUCUUGAACUUUAUGCAGCUAUUAAAGGAAUUCCAUCUGACUUAAUUCCGUAAUUAGUUGAACAAAAACUUGAUGAAAUGAAUUUAAGAUAAUUUGAAAAUAUCUGUGCAGGUACUUAUAGUGGUGGUAAUAAGAGAAAAUUAUCAGUAGCAAUUGCAAUGUUAGGUAAUCCGCCUAUUGUAUUUUUGGAUGAACCUUCUACAGGUAUGGAUCCAGGUAAUAGAAGAUUUAUGUGGGAUGUUAUUAGCAGAAUCUCUACUGAGCGUAAAAGAUCUUCAAUUAUUUUAACAACUCAUUCAAUGGAAGAAGCAGAAGCGUUGUCAACUAAAGUUGGUAUUAUGGUAGCAGGUAAUUUCCAAUGCAUGGGUAGUGUUUAGCACUUAAAAAAUAAAUUUGGAAAUGGAUAUGAAAUUGAUAUUAGAACAGAACUGCCUACAAAGUAAGAAAUAUAAGAAUUGGCAAGAGAUACUGAUAUCAAAAUGUAAGUUGGAGUAACUCAAAUUAGAGAGUAUUUGAGCAAAAUUAAUGCCUUAGAUAUUUAUAAUACAAUAAAGCCUGACGGAUUUUGUGCCUAAUUAUAUUAUGAACUUUAAAGAAAAGAUUAAACUUAAGGUAUUGAUGCUAAGUUAAUAUUAGAAUUCGUAGCUAUGUUUAGAAAGACAUAAAAAGUAGAGGAAUACUUGAAAAAAACAUUUGGGGGUUUCUCAUUGAUUGAGUAAUUUAACAAUUUCUCAAGAUAUAGAAUAUAAUCUUAAUAAACUAUUGGAGAGAUUUUCAGUAUGCUUUAUGAGAAUGAGAAGUAAUUACAUUUUAACUAAUACACAGUUAAUUAACCAACACUGGAAUAAAUAUUUAAUUACAUGGCUAAACACGCAGAAAACACAACGACUGCAGAUUUUGCUUAAAAGCAAAACUAAUAAUAAUAAUAAUAGCACAUAUAGUAGAUAGAGUUAAGAUAAACCAAUUAAUAUUAAGGUCAAAAUAGCAAAAACAACCACUUCUUACUUCCUUAAAAUUUGGAAGCAAUAGAAUUGGACUAGGUUUAAAUUAAGUAAUAGCAAUAAAUAAACCAUAAUCAAAAGAGAUAUUGA